AUGUGGUAUAUAGACGUGCGAGUACACCUGAAAAGCACCGCCGCCAGCGCCGGCCAAAAGCAAGUACAAAGCUCCCAAUUCUCUGCGCAGACUGGCGCGGAUCACCGAGAGGCCGUGGAGCGUUUGGACGGGCGGCGCCUCUCGUGGUCAAAGGCUGAGGAGAACUUGCCCCACGCCUACAGAAGCAGGGACAACCACCCGUGGACCACCCGUCAGGAAGUGCCGAUCAGCUUGCUGGAAAGCAUCAAGGGCGCCAUUCUGGGCUUCUUCGGGGGGAUUGCAGGUGCGAUCCAAGGGCGCUUCGAGGAGAUUGGCCAGGCCAUCGUGGACACUCCCAAGAUGGCCCAAAAGGAGGUGAGUGAUGGACUGGUGAAGAUCCCAGGUCGUGUGCAGGAUGGUGUGAGCCAGGCAGUGACAGGGGCCACGGGUGCAGUGGCCAAGCCACUGCAGAAGGAGCAAGCGCAGAAGGGCUAUGACGCCACCAAGGAGCGCGUGAACACCGCACGAGCGGGACAAGAGCUCUUGGAUAAAGGUGGCGAGGCGGCGGAGAGCGCCAUCCGCGCCAAGAUGAUGUCCAAGGUGGCGAUUCAUCAGACCGAGGACAUGCUGGUGCGGGCGAGGGUGGCGAAGGAAUCCUUGGAGGAGACGGCACGCUAUCUCCGUGCAGCCCACGAAGGUGCAGAGAACUUGCCGGAAGGUAUGCGGUGGACCGGGGCGCAGAAUUUCCAUGAGCUGGCCGAGGCUUAUGAGGCCAAGGCGACCCUGUACAAGAUGCUCUUGGAAACCCUGGAGGAUGACAAGGAGUUGCCCGCCGCUCCGAUGAUGAACCCCGCAGAGGAAGAUGCGGCGCUACUGCUGCAGAUCAAGGACGGCUACAAGCACACCACUCGUCGGAUCACUGAGGGAGCAGAGCUGCUCAGGAGAAACACCCUGGACGGGAAUAUCUUCACGUCGCAGUGUUUGGGGGGAUCAGCUUGCAUCUGA